AUGUUUCGACGUGGUAUUAAUAAGCGACCACGUUUUAGUUUUGGUGGUCAUCCUGUAUUCGAAACUGACGAUUCAUCAAAUCAUUCGGGCCUUGGUCUUGCACUUGGUGUAGGUGAUUAUGAAGAAGAUUCUUCAUCACAACAUCAUAUUACAUCAGCUAAUAGUUCUGAUCCAAACUUUCUCCAUGGUCAAUCGGCUUCUGAUCGACGACGUCGUGUUCAAAAAGCACCAACAAAACCUCCACAAGAUGAUAAUACAAAUUUAAAUGCAUGUAUUGAUCAUCUUCUACGAAUUCUAUCACGUAAAGAUAAAGAAGGCUUUUUCCAGUAUCCUGUUACUGAUCAAUUUGCGCCAGGUUAUUCACAAAUAAUCCUCCGACCAAUGGAUUUUUCUACCAUGAGAAAAAAGAUGGUCCAAGAUGAAUAUGCAAAUGUUCUUGAAUUUCGUUCAGACUUUGAACUUAUGUGCGAGAAUGCUAUGAAAUAUAAUCGUCCAGAUACAAUUUAUUGGCAAGCAGCAAAAAAACUUCUAGCAACAGGCAGUAAAUUAAUGCAUAAAGAUAAAUUAAUUAGUUUUCGUCGUAGUGUGGAAUGUUUUUCACGUUUAACUGAACGUGAAUUAGGUUUUCGUAUUGAUUCAUCAAAUCAUGCAAUUGAUGAACAAAUAACAAAUUCAAAUGAUCAAUUUGAUUCAUCUCUAAAUGAUCCUGAAAAUCUUUCAUCAAUGAGUGUAAGUCAAGCAUGUUCACAACGUAAACCAAAAUUAAUAUUAAAAUUACCUAAAUUUUAUGAUAAAACCCCUACUACAUCAAUUACUAAUGAAGUAGUAGUAGUAGAAGAAGAAGAUGAAGAAUUUUCACCAGAAGAAAUUCUCCUACAAGCACGACAAGCUGCACAAUGUGCACAUGAAAAAUUAAAUUUACGUCAUUCAAUUUGUUCAUAUACUCUUGCAUAUCAACGUGUAAAUAAUACAACAUCAUUACGUUUUGUAAAUCAAGAUAAUUUUUCUCAACAAACCAUUACACUUGGUGAAAUAAAUAAUUUACCAUCUAAUGAAAAUCUAUCUUCGACAUUACCAAUUGUUAAUGAAAGUGAAAAACGAGAUAAUUUAACAACAAAAUAUUCAUUUGAAAAUGGUCCUUUUUCAUCAAAUCCAUCACAAAAUGAUUCAGCAUUUUCUUCGAUAUCAAAAGAAGAACUUGAUCUAUUGAUACAUACAUAUGGAAGUGAAUUUUCAGCACAAUAUGCUGUAUCAUUGAUGGAUUAUGUUAAAGAUGCUGGAGAUUUAGCAUUAGCUUAUGUUGAUAGAUUUUUAUCAGUAUUAACCAAUGGUGAACAUGAUAAUUUUAUUAUGAAACGACGUGAAAAACAAGUAAAAGAAGAAGAAGUUGAUAAUAAAACUAUUGCAACAACUACAGCUACUCCUGUUCUUUCUAAUGAUUCAACUUCUAUUCAAAUUAAAAUAGAACCUUCAAUAAAUAAUAAUCAUGAUUCACCACAACAACAAUUCGAUAUAAAACCUGAUGAUAGUUCUAAACUUAUUAUGCAACUACGUCAAACGCCAUCAAAUCAACUUCAUCAAGUUAUUUCACCACCACAACAAACUAAUGACUUUGAUAUAACUGAUAAAGUUCUCUUUAAUCUCAGUGAUAUAACACAAGUAUCUAAUGGACCUGGACAAAUAAUCUCAUCGGAAGCUAUCCAUCAUAAUUUAGGCAUUAUAAAUAACAAUGAAUCAACAUUUGACACAUUGUAA